UUGUGCGUGUCACGGUCGUUUGGCGGACCAGUCACGUUCCUGCAACCCCCGACUCUGCGUACAAGAGCCUGGCGUGGCUCCUCCCACUAUACACCGCGCUCUCAGGUGUAGGUCAAGAUCCUACACUGUGUAUAAGAUGUGGAUAUCGAGGAGUAUAUCAAGCAAGGAGUUAAUGGAAUUACUUUAUAACACAACUACGGUAUGGAUAUACAACUACACUCCUCGCCUAAACUUACUGUGCAAUCAGAUGUGGUUGACGAUGCUAGCUUUCCAAUGAUUGCAGAGAAACACUUAGCAGCUGAUGACACACACAACAUCUUCGGUUCCAAGAUGCUCGUUCGACGGCUGAGAAGGUCUUGUAAGAAACUGCUGCUGUUGUUUAUGAUAGGAGUUACUGUGUGUCUUGGAAUUGUCUUACAUACAUCACCACAGAGUGUUCAUCUUGAUCAAUUACAACAAGCUUAUGAGGAGUUUCAGUCUCACGUGACCACGGGAUUAAGGCAUCAAGAAAAUGAAAGACUUGAAGCUGGAGAUAACGAUGAAGAUGAUGAUGAUGAUGAUGAUCCUCGCGAUGAUUCGGCCAAAGCGAAGCUAGACGCCAUCUUGAAUCUUCCGUGGUUAUUUAAUAAACAAGCGGCAGAUCAAGCAAGAAAAGACAUGAAACAGUACUUCAAUCCUUAUGACGUCAUCACCAUGACAUCUGAUGACGUCUCCACUGGGCAGCUGCGACGUUUUUAUUUGUCAAAGAAACUUAACGUCAACCUCGUACCCCCGGGUUUGCAUCGACUCCUGCCGAAGCGGUUACUAUUCCACAAUCAGCAUUUCAAGAAAUGUUCUCUGGUCGGGAACAGUGGCGUUCUACAAAACAGCACCUGUGGGAACGAGAUUGACUCUUCGGAUUUUGUAAUCAGGUGCAAUUUUGCUAGCGUUGAAGGCUACGAGAAGGACGUGGGUACGAGGACGGAUGUUGUGACCUUUAACCCCAGCAUUAUAGAAAAAUAUAAAAGACUUUCCAACAAGCAGGAAUCGGCACGAUUCGAGAGUGACUUGAGGAAGUAUGAUGGGAAAUACGUGCUUUGGGUACCAGUCUUUAAUCGGCAGUACGUAACCUUUACCAUUAGAACUUUACUUGACUUCUUUGAGAGGCAUCUUGGGAACCUUAAGAAUGUUCAACUUGCAUUUCCUGGUAAUGUAUUACCAGACAUAUCAGAUUAUUGGGCUUCACAGGGCGUAGAUGAAGAACGAAUAAGCACUGGUCUGUUAAUGUACAACAUGGCGAGCGCCCUCUGUGACGAGAUACACAUGUACGGUUUCUAUCCUUUCCCAGAAUUUAACGGGAAACCCAUUCCUUACCACUACGACCACCCGUCGGAUCGUGUGGGGAAAAAGUUCGACUAUGGAUACAAGCGAUAUCAUGAACUACCCGAUGAAUUUGUUUAUCUGAAGAAGUUGCAUAAGGCUGGAGUUGUAAAACUACAUGUUGGUGAAUGCCCGAAUGUAUGACGGUUUCAACAUUCAAAUAAUGAAUGCUAAAUUGCUGAAGAGAUGUUGUAUUCAUUUACGAGUCAGAGUAGACUUGAUUUCAAGUCUGAGAUCGUGGUUAUUCAGCAACAACCACGCAAAACUCUCACGCAGAUUUGAUAUCAAACGCCCAAACUCGCAAUCUAAAGGCUAAUGAUAGAGGUUUUUACACAAGAGGGCGCUGUUUCAGGCAAGAAUGUAUUGGCUUUCGGGUGGACUGAGCCCUUUUCGAAACCACGGCUUCGGUUUGGAUUCGGCUCAGGCUAUGCUUGGCCCCGCGGUUGUUACGACGAAAAAAUGCGCGGGCUCUGCGUAUGCUCAGGGCUUCAGACGAGUUAUACGGAGCCUGAAGCCGAAGCCGUAGAUUCGUAAAGGGCCUUAAAGCCACGAUGGAAACAAGUCUAGAAUCAGGGUGGUUCUCCAAACGAUCUAUUGGACCGCACAUUAUCAUACUGAAGUACACGCGGUACCAGUCUGUAGAGGCGUGGUGGUAUCUCCCUUUACCACAACGGGAUGUGUGAUUGGUCUAUUAUAGACCUUUCUAUUGACACGUAUUGGGUUUGGAAAACUUGCAGAACAUUUUAAAAAAAAUUCACAAUAUCUGUUAAAGGGACAAUGUACUUUUCGUAUGACAAAAACACAAUGUCCACAGAUUUACAUUAAACUUACACAGUUUGAAGAUAAUGAUA